AUGUGUGUGUGUGUGAGGGGCUUUCAGGAGCUCCUGUGUUCACUGGGGCAGGCUGUAGGGCUGCGUUACACCUCUCUCUCAUUCCAUCUCUCCCUCCAUCCAACCAUUCCUCUACACCACUUUUACUGGGUGGAAUUUUCGGGGCUGCGCACAUAGCCCCCAUCCCCCUUUGGAUUCCCUACCGUUUCUGUCCCGGCUUGAAGGAGAAGACAGGGGAGAGCGAGAGAAAGCAAGAGAAGAGAGGAUUUAGUGCUGAGGAGAGAGAGAGGGAGAGGAGAGAGGGAUCAUGACUGGACUCUCGGCUGUGUUGAAGAGCUGGGUCGUCCUGCAGACUCUGUGCCUGGCUCUGGCCCAAGUGAGCGGUCCUCCAGGACCUCAGGGCAAUCCCGGCCUACCUGGGCCCUCUGGCACUCCCGGGUCCGAUGGCAUUGAUGGGGAGAAAGGACCUCCUGGUCCUCCUGGCCCAACAGGCUUGAAGGGGGAGCCAGGUGAACAUGGUCCAGAUGGAGCUCCAGGAGAGAACGGCAUUGACGGUUUGAUUGGAGCAAAGGGAGAUCGGGGUCCUGUCGGGAACCCUGGACCUAAGGGCCAGCCUGGGCCUGGUGGUGAACCUGGACCAACUGGACCCGGACUGCCUGGUCUGGCUGGAGCCCCGGGCCCAAUCGGCCUUCCCGGUAAAAUUGGACAGACUGGAUCUCAAGGCAUAUUGGGAGCACCUGGACAUCCAGGAAUUCCAGGACCGCCAGGAAAACCAGGACCUCCAGGGAAGUUCUUGGGAGGAGAGGAGGGCAGCGCAGACUUCCAGUGUCCAAUCAACUGCCCAGCAGGGCCUAAGGGUCCCCAGGGACUGCAGGGGGUCAAGGGACACAAAGGUCGUGCUGGUGUGCUGGGAGAGCCUGGUAGCAUUGGGAAACUGGGUACAAAGGGAUCGAGGUCGGCGUCUCUGGGAACAGGAAUCCCAGGACCCUCCGGACCUCGUGGUUACAAAGGCAUCAACGACCAGUUGGCCAACCUGGACCCCAGGUGCCCCGAGGGCAGCUGGGGAGGUCCUGUGGGUCCGCGUCACCAGGGAACAGCAGGUUUGCCUGGCAGCCCCGGAACCAAGGGUGGACCUGAGGCAGGAGAGCCUGGUCCAGAGGCAUGUUGGAAGGUCUGGUGCCCCAACCUCAGGGUGACAGAGGCCAGAGGGGAGCUGUAG